UCGCAUCAUUUACGGCGGUUAGCUAUGUGACUGUGUGGCUGCUUCUUCUGCUUCCCGGACCCCCUCCGCGUCCCGGUCUCUCCAGUCCGGCGUCUGUUCAGGAUGGAUCAGUGCAGAGCUAAACUGGAGUCCACCAGUCUGGUGAAGCUGUACGGGGAAUUUACGGGGACCAGUAACCGAAAAGGCAGGUGUGCCGUCAUCCUGACCGAGAAAGACCUCGUCGUCCAGAGGCUCACGUCGGCACCUGUCGGACGGAACAAGGUGGUGCUCAGUCUGAAGGACUGUGUCGGCUGCCGGGCUUACCGGGGAAAUGACAGUGCGGAUAAGGCAGCGUACUUAGUCGCCUACUUUUACCCACUGAAACGGCGGUGGAUGAGUUCCAGGGUAUCGCGGCAGAGAGUGGAGCAGGGCUUUCGGCUCGCCUCGCUCCAGGACCCGCAAGCUAACCUGGAGGAGGCAGAGAAGUGGGCUCGCGCUGUCCGAGAGCGCUCUGCCCGGCAACAGUUCCCUAGAAACGGGGUGUUGAUGAGCCAAAUGUCCCGCCCGUGCCAGAUGAUGCUGCUGGUGAACCCACAGAGUGGGAAAGGACAAGCACUCACGCUGUACAACAACCACAUCCAACGAAUGCUGAAUGAAGCCGGCAUUAAACACACUCUGGUUAUCACGGAGCGGCAGAAUCACGCUCGGGAGAUGGUGAAAGAGGCCGACCUGUCGCAGUGGGACGCUUUAGUCAUCAUGUCAGGAGACGGACUUCUGUAUGAGGUGAUAAAUGGUCUGCUAGAGAGGCCAGAUUGGGAGGAGGCCAUCCGGACACCGCUGGGUAUCCUUCCUGGUGGAUCAGGCAACGCCUUGGCUGCAUCCAUACAUCAUUACUCUGGAGCCUCUCCUGUGACCAGCGAGGAGCUCCUGGUCAGCUGUGGCUUCCUGCUCUGCAAAGGUCUGGUGUCCCACAUGGAUAUGGUCUCCGUCCAUCUCUCCUCCAGCCCCCGUCUCUUCUCCUUCCUGUCUAUGGCCUGGGGCUUUGUAGCGGACGUCGAUAUAGAGAGCGAGAAGUACCGUCACUUUGGCGCCGUCCGCUUCACCAUUGGCACGCUGGUGCGGCUGGCCUCGCUCCGCGUCUAUAAGGGCAGGCUGGCUUACCUGCCCGCCACCAAGGACCACAACAGCGAGGAGGCUUUGAGGAGUAACACAAUGCUCUGCAUGGAUCGGGUCCCCCCCGUGACACUACCUGCUGCCAGAGACUCCUCCUUCCACAACUCCUGCCACUCCAACAACUCCCUCAAAGUGAGGCGGGUGGAGAGCACGCCUUCUCGAAGCGCCACCAAAGCCCUCCCCGGCCCACACGAUUCCCUGCUGCCACCUCUGGAUCAGCCGCUGCCCGAAGACUGGGUGGUGGUGCCGGAGGAAGACUUUGUCCUCAUGCUGGCCAUGUACCAAUCCCACCUGGCAGAGGAUCUCCUGGCGGCACCGGAGGCCACCCUGGACGACGGCGUCAUUCAUCUUUUUUACGUUAGAGCGGGGAUAUCGCCCACUGCGCUGCUGAGGCUGUUCCUAGCUAUGGAGAAGGGUGCACAUCUGACUACUAACUGCCAACAUCUGGUGUACACUAAGGUGCGGGCGCUCAGGCUGGAGCCGUACUCGCCCAAAGGAAUAAUUACAGUAGACGGAGAGGUGGUGGAGUACGGCCCAGUACAGGCCGAGGUGCACAGAGGCCUGUCGAGGUUAAUCACUGGAUGAGACUGAACAAUCUCGACUGCCCGCUUUCAUCUCUGCUCUGUGACGGCGUUUAACAAUAAAUGUGUUUCACCUGUCGCAUCAGGAGCUGUGCAGCUGCAGGAACUGUGCAGCUGCAGGAGCAAAGCAGCGGAUUCAAGCCUCCUGAUGUUAUUACAUUAAAAUGCCAUGAGCGGAGUGUUCAGUAUUAGACAAAUAAUGAAACAAACUCCAAAUAAUGCCAUGAAUUACACUAAAAAUGACUUUUUUCAAGCUUUGUUUAAUAAUAACAUAUCAAGCUUUCUUUUCACAAUAAGAGAUUUUAGUACAGAUAUUUUGACCUGUAAAUCAACACAAACGGAGUCCGUUCAAAGUUGAUGUAAUUGGCUCAUUUCAAGCUCCAUACUAGAGUAACAUCAGUGGCUCCACAGUGUAGUGGUUUACACGCCCCAGUUCUAAUUCCAGGAAGAGACACAAAUCUCUAAACAUGCGUAAAGCCCUGUUUUAAAUUUGGGAACAGCCAAAACUGACCUUUUUAUUAUUCACAGUUAGCUUCCCUUCCCUUAAAACUGCUCGACGACAUCAGAAAGAUUCAAGAGUAGAGGAAAAAAAUGUCUCAAACUGAGUGUUCAGCUCAGUUUUUCCUCACUUCCUGAAGUC